ACUGUCCCAAGUGAGAGUGCUCAAGGCUGACACCUCUUCAGUAUCUUAAAAAAAAAUAUAUAACUAAAUGCAUGGAAACAACCGGAUGUUUUAAUAGCGGAUUUUUUAUUUACAAUGUUUUUAUUUUGUAAGUAGUCGUGUUUUAGAGGAAGUUUUAGAUUUCAUAACGAGGUUGAAUUUCGGAUGAUAGUCGCUUGAGUUCGGGGGUUCCAAGAUGAACUUCAAUCUGACGUUCAUCAAAAGUUCGGUCGUGGUGUUCCUGCUGUGCUCUUGGCUGGUGUGCUGUGGGGCAGAGCUGAAUGGCGUGGUGGCGACCCAGUGGUCCGGCGAUGACAGGAACCGGACGCUGCAACACAAAAACUGUGUGGAGAACCAGCAGUACCUCCACCAGGGCCUCUGCUGUCUCAACUGCCAGGCUGGUACAUUCAUGCUGAGGGCGUGCGACCGGGACAUGGAGCAAGGGACGUGCAUGCCCUGCGAACAUGGCUUGUCCUACACAGAACACUCCAACGGGAUGAACCGCUGCCUGCCCUGCACCCACUGUCGCAUGGACCAGAGCCAGACAGUGCCCUGUACCAGUACAGCAGACACCCAGUGCCAGUGUCAAGCGGGCACCUUCUGUGUGCCAGAGCAGGCCUGUGAGGUCUGCAAGAGAUGUGCCAAGUGUAAAGCGGGGGAGGAGGAGGUGAAGAAAUGCACCCCCAUCUCCAACACGGCGUGUAGGAAACGAGACAUCUCCACUACCCUCCACCCGAUUGCCAUCCCCACCCCCGCCCCCAUCUCUGCAGAGACCAUAGGGAAAAUAUAUGCAAAAAAAAUGGGGUCCCCGCUGAAAAUGUUUGAAUACCAAUGUUCUAAAUGGUUGUUUCCUCAUUUCCCCUUCCCAAAAGUUACGCCAUUGGUCAUUCUGCUCUUGCUCUUCCUCUUCAUCGGGAUUGGUGUGUGGCUUUGGAUCAAGAGGCCAUGUACAUUUCGGCCAGUUUGUCUCUCAGGUUCAGACAGUCGCUGUGACUCCAGUGACAUUGUGAAGAUUGCCAUUGGUGAGAGUGGACCCACAGCAGAGGAGAGACAGAACAGCCAGAAUGCUGGCCUGGAGGGGGAGGAGGGGGAAGAGGUCCGUCCCGAGUCACGUCCCCUGCUGCAGGAGACCCAGGGCGGCCUGAUUAAGGCCUCCCCUCCCCUGGGAUUGGGGGAGGACGAGGACCGGGGCCUGGGUGACAGCCUACCCAACACCACCAGCUCCUCCCAGACCAGCCUGUCGGCCCUGCCCACCGCCGGGGCAGCCUCGUCGGGCAGCUCCCCCCGACACAGCCCCUCCGCCCAGAGACUGCAGCCCACAGCCAGGGAUGAUCCUCUGCAGAAGAGACUUGUGUCCCUGAUAGGGGAUGAGACGUCCCUGAAGAAGAGCUUUGACCUCUUCGAUGAGUGCCUGGACGUGCGGAUCCACAACAAGUUUUUUCGCUACAUCGGCGUCCAUGACAACCACAUCAAGAUGGCGGAGAGUGCCCCCCCUGGCGACAAGGUGUAUGACCUGCUGAAGAACUGGAUGCAGAAGGAGGGCCUGAAAGCGGACAUCAACUCCCUGCUCCAGGCCCUUCUCAGUCUGGACCAGAGGCGCUCCGCUGAGAGCAUUGCCUUCGCUGCCAUCCAGAAGGGCUACUACAAACAUGCAGACAUGCCCUGACACCCCCAGCCCACUGGGGGGCGCUGCCUCAGAGACAUGUGUGGAUUGAGAUUAAAUAAAAAAACAUUGAUGAAAGACAACGUCAACUCUUAUCGGCCUAAUUGGCCUGAUGUAUUCUGCCUAUAUGCCUGUGCCUCUAAAACAACACCAGUUGGAGUUGGAGUUGGAGAUAAACAAUGUUGUCUUUUGAAUAUCUGCCAAUAUGGUCUGGUGUAUUUGGCCUAAAGGCCCGUGCUUUCUAAAACAAAAUAUAAAAAAACAAAAUAUAAAAAACAAAAUGGAGGAUUUGGGGAUAAACCUUGUUUUCUUUUGAAGAUAGCAUUAUCGGCCUGGUGUGUCCGGUCUUCAUGGUGUUCUAAAACAAAAACAUAAAAUGGUAGAGGAGUUCGAUGUUGUUGAUGGAUGUUGAUGUUUUCCAGUGGGUGGGUCUGGAGCCCAGCUUUGACCUCCAUGAUUUUACGCCCCACCCCUUCUCUCUGAGCGACUGACAUGGCUUAUAGGCCAAUACCGAACCCUGGGACAGGGACAUACACUGGUUUGUAGGAGUGGCAUUAGCUUGCGCGUUCCUAUGCCCAGGCGUUGCUGACGCCUGCCAGAUAUUACAAUGCCUGGAUAGGUAUUUUAAGUAUCAGCAAAUCACAACAUAUGUUAUACCAAUCUGUCAGUCGAUGACACAGUUGAUGGCGUGGCACGCAACCAUUGGUUGGUGCAUGUAACGUCUGAGCAAGGGAACGCAACCACUAUGUCACUGAUACUGCGUCUACUUGAUGCACUUGCCUCUGGCACGUGUAGGGUUUAGAGAUACAGGUAACAAAUGCCCAUAUUAGGCAGAAGGUUAUAUGUUUGAAGUACAGGUAGAGAUAGGCCAUUUAAGCAUAAUGCUGUUAUAAAUUACAUUAAAAUACAGACCAUAUUGUACUAUGUUAGUUUAAAAUGCAAGUUGGUAUGAGUCAUAAUAUUUGCAUAUUUGUGUGUAAAUAUGUGUUAUACGGUAGUCCAUUACUGUUACUGUUUUGUUUUUUGAAGUUCCGGGAUUCGUUUAUGAUUUAAAACGUGCCAUAGGCUCAUUUAAAGUGUAUAAGUGCAGGCAAGGGCGAAUAUUUUUUUUUUUUUUUUUUUAAUGCAUAAGUGACUAAACUGAAUGUUUUAUAGACUGCAUUGUUAGUUAUUUCGUUUUUCAGUGUUGAUGCGUUGAUGCACAGCACUUGUUGGAAGGAGUUUCCGUCACUAUUUCUUUUGUUCGUCCAAUGUUUCUCAAACAUUUCCCACAAACACUCAGAGCCCUCAAGGUUUCAUAGCUGUUUUAUUUAUUGACAUAUUUAUUUUAGACGGAUGACAAUUACGUUUCAUUAUUUAUUCAAUUACCAACACAGCAACCCUGGAAAACUAAAUAGGGCAGUGAUGUGUUGCUACGUUAUCACGGCUACAUUUAUCUAGAGGGCAACAUGACUGAGAUCACAUAGACAGACGGGAGUGGCUGACCUGCAUUUGGGGUUCAUCCUGUCCUGCUCGGUGGCGCCCCACUGAUCAAAGACUAUGUUCAGUCAGUGCACAUAGAAGUUCAUAGUUACAGUAUAUAUGCCAUUUCUGCACGUAGAGUUUCUUAUUCAGUCAAGGUGGUCAUCAUAAGGUCACUUUUGUGUUGGGGCUUUUGUAAUUAUGCUUAACUCAACAUUUGUGGACUAUUGAAAAAAAACGUUUUUCUCUCUGCCUGAUUCACACUGUACUUUUCACAUUGUCCAGUAUAGCUCUGCUCGGGUUUGGCUCAGUAGUGUGAAAAGGGUAAUAAUGUAUUGCUAAAAAGUUGGACUCCUUUAUAGAUGUCAACAAAGACAUGAAUAUACAGGUACGCAAAGCAUGUUGUUUCUCAUUGUUUGGCUCUGUCAAAAAGAUGAAGGAAAGCUUUUCUGGAUAUUUCAGUCCAAGUUCUUUUUUAUUUUUUGUAAAGUCCAAGUUUAUUUCCUGUAGCAUCCUUUGUACAUACAUUACCAAGAGUGGUUUUAUGUGCUUCACAUUAUAUAUAUAUAUAUAGAGAGAGAGAGUUUUAUUAACAAAAAAGAAAAGCCUUAAAGCUGAAGGAAUACUAGUAUAUGUUUACUAAGUAUGAGCACAUUAAACUUUGUUUAGCCCCUUUUACCCUCUAGUCUAGUGGCUACACUUAUGUAAAAGAGCGAAGAAUUCUUCUUUUUUUUAAAGCUGACAGAUUUGAAGCUACAGUGCUGGCACUGCCAUCUAUUGACGGACAAUGAAAAAAACAGCCUGCAUCAAUUUCUAUGGACCUUUAUUUUUUUCUAAUUCUUCUUAAUGCUUUUCUACCAACAUUUUUUAACACACCUCUUCCAUUAUAAUAUUACCUUUGAGACGGCUUUUGGCUCUUCUUUUUCAUGAACUUUUAGGAGUUAGGAUUAUACAUUGGCGUUCAUAUCAUGUUUGCGCUGUGCGGUCUCACACCUCACUUCUGUUUAUUUAGUUGCAUAGCUCCAAAACUUUUUUCUUAUUUAAGUCAUUUUCUCCCUUUGACAAUUGUUUGCUAGUGUCUGGAUUUCAGAUAAGAAUGUGUCAAAGCCAUUGUGUUUGUUUAAAGUCCGUUUGAAAUAAACAUUUUGUACAAAUAUCCCA